GGCGCUGGAAGAGAGCACAGAGUCGGCGCCGGCUGCAGACUUGCGCUGCCCACGCUAUCGGUCCUUUCCAGUCGACUCCCAGUUCCCGCUUCUGCACCAUGGACUCCCUGAUGCAGGUGGUCAACUUCGGGCCCGGGCCCGCCAAACUGCCGCGCUCGGUAUUGUUAGAGAUACAAAAAGAAUUAUUAGACUACAAAGGAGUUGGGAUUAGUGUUCUUGAAAUGAGCCACAGGUCAUCAGAUUUCUCUAAGAUUAUUAACAACACAGAGAACCUUAUGCGGGAAUUAUUAGCCAUUCCAGACAACUACAAGGUGAUUUUUGUACAAGGAGGUGGGUGUGGCCAGUUCAGUGCUGUCCCCUUAAACCUGAUUGGCCUGAAAGCAGGAAGGUGUGCCGACUAUGUGGUGACGGGAUCCUGGUCAGCUAAGGCCGCGGAAGAAGCCAAGAAGUUUGGGACUGUGAAUAUUGUCCACCCCAAACUUGGGAGUUACACAAAAAUUCCAGAUCCGAGCACCUGGAACCUCAGCCCGGACGCGUCCUAUGUGUAUUACUGCGCCAAUGAGACCGUGCAUGGAGUGGAGUUUGACUUUAUCCCUGAUGUGAAGGGAGCAGUGUUGGUCUGCGACAUGUCCUCAAACUUCCUGUCCAAGCCAGUGGAUGUUUCCAAGUUUGGUGCAAUUUUUGCUGGUGCCCAGAAGAACGUUGGCUCUGCAGGGGUCACGGUGGUGAUCGUCCGAGAUGACCUGCUGGGGUUCGCCCUCAGAGAGUGCCCCUCGGUCCUGGAUUACAAAGUGCAGGCCGGAAAUAACUCCCUGUAUAACACACCUCCCUGCUUCAGCAUCUAUGUCAUGGGCUUGGUCCUGGAGUGGAUUAAGAACAACGGCGGUGCAGCAGCCAUGGAGAAGCUUAGCUCCAUCAAAUCGCAAAUGAUUUAUGAGAUUGUUGAUAAUUCUCAAGGAUUCUAUGUAUGUCCAGUGGAGCCCCAGAAUAGAAGCAGGAUGAAUAUUCCAUUCCGCAUUGGCAACACCAAAGGAGAUGAUGCUUUAGAAAAAAGAUUUCUCGACAAAGCUCUUGAACUCAAUAUGAUCUCCCUGAAAGGGCAUAGGUCCGUGGGAGGCAUUCGGGCCUCUCUGUAUAAUGCUGUCACCAUCGAAGAUGUCCAGAAGCUGGCAGCCUUCAUGAAGAAUUUUUUGGAGAUGCACCAGCUAUGAGCACAUCCUAACCAAUAUACACUCUGCCCUUGAACAAUGUACAAAAUUGAAAGUCACUUGGGCAUGGCUAAAAAAAACUAAAGAAACACAGUAUUUUUCUCGAAUGAACAUGCUUCUGAUAGAUUUUCUUCUUUUUUCAGAGAACAGCAAAACAUCCACAGCUGUCCCAAGCAGUUGAAACUUAACCUUAAUUCUGACUUGAACUGGAAGCUUUUAAAAAAUCUUCUCUUGCUUUUCUACCAAAUUCUAACUACUGUUGUCUUUGCUGCUACUUUUUCUGCCUAGAUCUCAUAUUCAAAGCUGUCUAUGAGUUUAAUUAUAUGCAAACUGCAGGUUAUUAUUUUUAGAGACACACAAACACACAGCACGGAGGGUGGGUGGAGCCCUCUCGGUGCUGAAUUUUGAUCCUUUGCAAGAUGACAGCAGUGGGGUCUUCUGAAUUCUGCGGCUAUUAAUUCAGGUCACCACCGACCGUGUUGUGAUGUUCCAGACUGAGAGGCAAACCGGAGAUCGUUCUUCAUACCAUUAUUCUCACAAAGAGAUAAAAGUGGCAUACUAUAUGUUUAUAUAGCAAGGUCUGUUGUUAAUACCAAAUAGUUUAUAUCUCUAUGCAUUUAUAUCUCUGUGCCUUUAUAUUUCUAAUAAUACGUUUCUUGUUGAUGUAUGUUGAGACUUUGAGAAGUUGUUGGGAUCCUUGACCUUGUGCAUUAGAGUGUUACGUUCUCAACAGCUGUGUGCCUCCCCUUCCCCCUCCCCUCUCCCUUUUUAAGCUGCUUCACAAGAUUUGGAAGCUCCCUGAUUCACUUUUACUUUCCUUUCAGUGGGUAGAAGAACGGUUGGUUGGUUGGUUGGUUGGUUCUUUGUUUUUCAGUUAUGCUGUUAAACUAAACAUCUCUGUUAAACUCCCUUACUGUUUGUUCACGUGACUGUUCUCUUUCUGGUGUUUGACCAGUGAUGCCAUGAGUUCGGGAAGAUCUUUGCUGAAGAGUCUUUUCCCCUCUUGUUUAUCCAUUGUCAGUGUUUUAUGUUGACCGUACGAAGGACAUUAAAGUCCUAAAACAUCUAAACCUUUGUCAAUGAAUUUCUUUACAUGCUUUUUAGACAGAUUGUUCUUUUAAAAACUUUAUGUUGGGAAAACUUGUCUAAAAAUAGCAUCUGUGAAGGGUAUUUUCUUUAAAAAGGUGUAAGACUCGAGUCCUGUACAUCCACGUCUUUAAUGAUUCAGCACACUGGUACCUUUCCGUUGGCUUUUGGAAUGGACAGUAUCAACAAACCACGUUACAACACAGCUCACGGUAUAAAGUUCUAUGAACUUUGUCCCCCUUAGGCUGGAAACAUGCCGCUAGGACAGUUCUGAGCUAUCUUCGUGUUUCGUUGGAUGUGUAAUGAGGACUAUCCUGAUCCUUCGUGCCAGCUCUGCACCAAUUAGUUGGGUUAGUUGGGUUUCCUGCUUAGGGCUAAACCUUACCAAUCUUGGUUCUCUCAUCUGUGAAAAGGAGGAUUGAAAUAACUCCCCCACUUAUCUCAGGGAUGUUUGAAGAGCUUAAAACGAGGGCUCAAUGCAGGAUGUGACUGAUAACCACAGUACAUUUUUAAAUGGCAAAAGCCGGCCAGUGCUUGGACGCCAUCCAAGUGUUCCCAUAUAAUAGUUCUCAGAGUCUAUUUUCCCUCCUUCCUCAUCCAUUCAUGUGAUGGUGACAAGUCCCUGUGGUUUGUACCGGCCCCAGAUCUCUUGAAUCUCCACUUAUUUCCAUUCCCAUUGCCACAGCCAGCUCUGUCAGCCCUCAGCGGAUCAUUUCAGCAGCCUCAUCUGCCCACACCUGCCCCUACCAGCACAGCCCUUGGGACCAUCACUUCCCCUUCAUGCUCCUCCUUGGUUCAUAAAAAAGCCCAGGCUUCUGAGCCCAGCGGUCACAGCUUUGUGGUAUCUGGUCUGGCUGCUUCUUUCUUGUGUUUCUGGUUCUUGGAAUGUGGCGAGCGUAUAUGCCCAUGCUACGUCGGGUAAGCCUGGAGUUCCUGCCCCCGCUCAGCAAGACUGACGUUCCUUCAAGACACCUGCCAACCUCCUGACCUUGUUUGUGUCUCCUGCUUUGGAAGGAUGCGCUUUUCCUUUGUUCUUAUAAGCGUGACCCUUUUAUCCCGUCACAGCACCUCCAUUCUGUGUUUUCCUGUGCCGAGGGUGUCUGCUUACAUGCCUUCCCCAUCAGAGCAAGGCACAAGCCCUGUUUCUCCACCUCCAUCACCUGGCAUCCUGCCUUGCCCUUAGGAGGAGCUCAACGACUGUCCGUUUAAUGAAUGGAAAGACAGAGCUUCCUGAAUUUCGCAAACAGCCUGCAGUAAAGGCAGAGGUACAAUCUCACAUACGAGGAUGUUUUAACUUUUCAAAAGCUUACUAUGUAAUUUCAUUUUUUACUAAAAUGUAGAAUCUUGGAGGGCUCCCAGACUCUUCUUUAUAUUUGUGUGAAAGUGUUUGGAAAACGGUGAGCAGCUGCGUUCAUACCAGGACAAAGGGUAGUCGCUGCUGUCUGGAGCUCAGGUCGCUGGAAGAUACUCACUGAGCGAAAACCUUGACCUUUGAAUGUCUCGAGUGAGUGAACGGACGCCAGUCUGCUGACCACGUGGAGAGAGGUGGAAGGGGAGAUAAGGAUGCAGGCCCCGGGUCAACAGGCUGCGGGAGCCACAACUGGCCAGUCUUUAAGAUUAAAAGCAAAGUGAACGGACAGGUGUCUUUCAGGCCUUGGGAAAUCUGUGUAAGGCUUGGUGGCCUCAUCUUCCUUUAGAUCUUCCAAAGUGUCCUUCUCCCAAACUGAUUCUGACUAUUUUUCUCUUUCAAGAUUUGACAACUCAUAAUCAUGUUAAUACCACCUAAGUGAGAAAAAACAGAUUUGUUCCCACGUUGCUUAUGUUUACCUCCACACACUGCUUCAUCCCCAGCACUGCGGCUCUGUUCUUUGCCUGCACAAGAAACAAAAUUGGAAUUGUUCUGUUCCGUGCUAGUCUGUGUUGAUCUAAGUAUCUAAUGCUGUCUCGUCACAACUUAGCAGAUGCUGGAAGGUUUGGCAAGCCCUCAGGUGAACUAUGUGAUGUAACAAAUAUUCCCUUUUUUCCCCUUUAGAGCUUAAGGAGCCACUAAGACCCCGUAAAAUGGACAAGACCCAUUGAUAGAUGUCCAGCUCUGCCGGAGGCCCUUGCAGGUCUGGCCUUGUAUCACUGUGUGAUUAAUGUUUGUUGUAUCGUGUUCUUUGG